UCCCUCUCAGUAAGGAAUCGUUUCAAAUAUGCGUUGUUUUGAAAAUCGCAUAUGUGAUGUGGCUUUUGUUCUGAUCGAGCCUCGUUACUGCUUACUUAUUUAUACUGUCGUCAGAUUUAAGAAACACGUGCUACUAAAAUUUCGUUAAAUUAUUUAAUAAAAUAGCAUUUUUAAAAUAUCGUGGUAAAAUAAUCGUGUAAUUGUAAUCCAGCAAAAGAAUGUCGAAUAUGCAGCCUCCUGAUUCGAAAAGGGAAGAAUUUCGGAAAUAUCUUGAAAGAGCUGGUGUUCUGGAUGCCUUAACAAAGGUACUUAUAUCUUUGUACGAAGAACCAGAAAAGCCAAAAGAUGCUUUAGAAUAUAUUCGUCAAAAUCUUGGUGGUAUCACAGAAGUUGAUGUAGAAUUGGAUACGUUAAGAAAUGAAUUGAAGGAUGCUAAAUCUAAAAUUAUCGAGUUAGAAGCAAAAUUAUUAAAGUAUGAAGGAGAUGGAGAUGCGGAAUAAUUAAGCAAUAAAGUUCUAGAUUAUAAUUCAAUACUAGUCCCUGCUGGACAUUGACUUUCGCAGGAAGUGAGACCGACUAUGUGCCUUACAAUAAAUAUAACAAGCAACUUCAACAGUUUAGAAGUUUAAAAUAAAUUAAGUUCUGUUUUUCAAAUUCCAGUAAACGUAAGUCUAUUUCUUAAUCAUCUUGACGAAAAUAUGUUAUAUUUUUCAUAUUUGUUCUUUAACAAAAUUAAAUGUACCUAGAAACAU